UUUUCAUUAUCAUUAUCACAAUGAUAUUUAUUUUGAAUUUGAAAGAAAUAAUAGGAAUUCUAUUAGAAUGAAGCUUUUGCAAAUGCUUUGUAGUGAUUAAAAAUCGUAAAUUUAAAGUUCAAGUAGAAAUAAAAACCGCCCGUCUUAUAUUACAAGCGGAGAGAACCCGACAUUGUAAUAAUUAAAUGAAGUAAUAAACUGCAUAAUGAUUAAUCUAAUCCCAAGAGAAAGUGAAUAUUCUAAAAAUGAGUGAACACAAAUUUUGGUGUGGAUUAACACCACUGAAGAUUUCCUCGUCACAAAACGUACCUGACAAAGUUGUGAAACUGUGUUCUUUAGGCACAGACUGUAUCGUGUUAGGAAGCGAUCAUGGAGUGUAUUAUUGUACUGUUGAAGGGGAUUCGUUAGAUUUUAAAAAGGUCACAGGUAUUUCAGCAAUCGACAUAUCUUAUCACAACGAAAUUCUUUAUGUUAUAGAUGGCCAUGGAAGACUUUAUAAAACAAACAUUAACUUUACAAACAAAGAAGAAAUUAUCGUUAAAGAAGAUUCCAGAUGUUGUCCUCAUGGUUUUAAAAGUAACAGUUAUAAAGUAAAGUUUAGAAAUGUAGUGACAAGUGAUUUUGGGCAGCUUUUUAUUAGCAGUGAAGGUCAACUAUGGGGCUCAGGUGUUAUGCCACAAAUAGCUUUAGACAGUUCUAGUAUUAAAAAAGUUCCGUUUUUCGAAGGUAGAACAGUGUACAGUGCUUCUGUGGGUCAAAAUUUUGGUGCAGUGAUUGUUAGAAAGAAUGUGAAACACUCUGGAAAUUGUGACACUGAUAGUGACAAUGAUGAUGAGGAGGUUUUUGCAUCAAAUUGUUCACAAUGUCAGACAAUAAUUGGGCUAGCAUCACCUGCGUCAGUCCCAUCUUUGUCAGAGACUUGUCCUCUUGGAGUGCAUAUCAGUAAAUCAAGCGAGGAUUCCAGCAGCACUACAGCACCACAAACAGAUGUCCAUGUUGAUGCUCAAAGUUUUACAGAAGACUCUAGUCCCUCCUCUGAAGAAUCAAAGAUUACAAAAGAUAAGGUUCAAAGUAAUAAUUUAGAGAGUAAUGAUAAACUACAUGAUAAUGAUUUCGAUGAUAAUGGUAAAGAAGAAGAAAAUGGAUCUGCUCAAGGAAGUACAGACAAAAUAAACAAUAUCUUCAUUAAUACUGAUGCAGCAAGACAAUUUUUAAGUAGACAGCUGUCUUGGGUAUCAGUGGGUGAAGAUUACCUUGUGGAAUAUACAGAGAAACCAACAAGAAUAAUUAAAGAAAAUGUAUCUAAUCUGACAAAUCUGGUAUAUGAAGGGGUGAAGACUGUUGGUGAUAAAGUUGCCACAUUAUCCAGACAUGUAAGUGGUAGUAGUGAUAAUAAUGAUAUUGAACCUCAAAGUAAUAUCCAAAUUGAAGAAGUCAAUUCUCUAAUGUAUAGUUGUGCAUCAAAUGGUAAUUUUGAAGACUUACAAUUUUCAACAAGUACAAUCAGCAGUGAGAAGGACUUUGAAGCAGCAAGGAAGACUGAAAGUCUUAAGAACAUGUCCAAACUCGGUAAAAAUAUUUUAGCUACUGAAUUAUGGACUUGGGGUGAUAUAACUUAUGGACAACUAGGAAUUGGAGAUACAGUUAAAAGGAUAAAGCCAAUGGUAGUUAUGAGUUUAUCAGGUUUUGGAUUACAAAAGGUUUCCUGUGGGAAAUGGCAUUGUGCAGCGUUAACACUGGAUGGAAGAUUGUUUGUAUGGGGCUACAAUCAUUUCCAUCAAGUUAGUUUUGAUUCCAGAGAAGACAAGAGUGGUCCAAAACAGUUUACAGAAAAUUCUGACAGUGACAGGAUAAGAGAUAUGAUUGCAACUGAUCACCAUACACUUGCAUAUACACAGAAUGAGAAUGUAUUUUACAUGGGGAAGCAUACUGAAGGUUUUACAGAAUCCAUAGUGAAUUUAAAUGAGAAAAAAGAUGAACAAAGUGUAAAUGUCAAGAGCCUUACUGUUAAAAUAAAUCAGCCCCAAACAUAUACCAGAAAGCCCCAGAAUAUUUGCUAUCAUUGGAGAGUUUUAUCAUCUGGUAACAUAAGUUAUUGUUCCCUAGAAGAGUCUAUCGUCAGUCCAGACUUUCAAAAUUUAUCUAUUGCUCAAAGAUAUUUGGAAGAAAUGAUUUUAAUUCACCAGUCGCUGGUUAAACCUUUUCUAAAGAAAAGCAAAGCAAUAACACAACAUUCCAAUGUGUAUGAGAACAUAUGUGAUAUAUUUGGUGACAUUUUAAAUAUAACAGCUCUGAAUGUGUUGUCCAUUUGGCAAUAUGCUGAAAAGCACAUAAAUGAAUGUGAUAUACCAUUAAUAAAAAAUAUAGAAGAGUAUAUUUAUUUGUAUAGAAAGUAUUACUUAGCUAUAAGCAAUUUGAUUGUUAUUGGUGGAUUUGCUCAUAUAAAUAAUGUUGUUGAUGUGCCAUCAAGUGUUUAUAAUUUAUUUAGUGACCAGCUGCCAACAAAUAAACAGAAAAAUAAUAAGAAAACCUUAGAAGCUGUUGUGGCAUUGGCCUUUGUCCAACCAUUAAUAAGGCUGAGCUCAUACAAAUGUAUCUCACAAACAUUACUAAGACAUAAAACUAAAAGAAAAAAAAGUGAGGUAAAAUCAAAUAUAGAGGAUAAAUUGAAUAAAGUCAUAUCAUCUUUGGACAGUUUAAUUGAUGAUCAAGAAAAGAAAAGAAAAGAAGCAGAUCUGACGAAAUUAUUUUGGGAAAGUAUUGGGAAACCAUUGGAGCAAUACAGAACGCCCGAAAGACGAUUGGUAAGGGAGUCAAAAUCUCGACAGCUAAACUUAGUGAACCCUGGACGUUUUAGUACACAUUGGUUUAUUUUAUUUAAUGACUUAUUUGUCCAUAUGUGUGGCAGUGUUAUUAAUGUCCAUCCUAUUGAAACAUUAUGGGUUGAAGCUGUACCUAACACUGAUUCUCUGCAAAAUGCUAUACAGCUUAUCACUCCAGAGGAAACUAUCUCAGUAUCAACAAAUACAGAGCAAGAGAAAUCUGAAUGGAUCAGCUCAUUCAAUACGUCAAUAAGGACAGCUUUAAACAAGGAAACUAUGUUCAAACCGCCUGCAGUAAGAACAGCAAGUUACACAUUUUCAAGUAAAAGUACAUUUUACAAGGAAGCUAAAUAUCAUGGGAGAUGGUUGGAUGGGAAAAUGCAUGGCCAUGGGAAAGUUGAAUGGACUGAUGGAAAACUUUAUGUAGGGCAGUUACAGUUUAAUGCACUUUGUGGGCAUGGUAAAAUGGAAAUUCCAAAUAUAGGAACAUACGAAGGCCAUUGGAAAGAUAAUCUCCAAAGCGGAUAUGGGGUAAUGAAAUAUCUUUCCGGUGAUAUAUACGAAGGGUAUUUCAAAGAGGGGAAUCCCCACGGUCAUGGUGUGAAAAAGCAAGGCGAUUUUAAGUCUUCGAACGCGACAAUUUACACCGGAGAAUGGGUGAACGGAGUACGCCAGGGUUACGGUGUAAUGGAUGAUAUAAGUAAAGGCGAAAAAUAUUUAGGCAAUUGGAGUGAUAAUAAAAAACACGGUUGCGGCCUCAUUGUGACCUUGGACGGGAUUUACUACGAAGGAUUGUUCACGCAAGAUGUUCUAACGGGUCACGGUGUUAUGGUGUUUGAAGACGGAACUCACUACGAGGGUGAGUUCCGUGCGGCAGGCGUGUUCUCCGGCAAGGGCGUGCUGACCUUCUCCAGUGGGGAUCGUAUUGAAGGCUGUCUCAGCGGGGCCUGGACAGAUGGAGUCAAGCUAAGCAAUGCUGUCAUGCAGCUAAAUGUAUCGAAUCCAGCACCACCGGCAAAUUCUAAACCAAAUUCAUUUGGCAAAUUAAGUGUAGCACCUAACCAGAAAUGGAACGCGCUAUUCCGACAAUGUUUCCAAUGUCUUGGCGUGUCAGAUACAUUGCUGACUCCGACUGGUAACCAUUUCGCGACCGGCCCUACAGUGCCCGCAGUGGAUAACGUCAAGAUAUGGCAGAACGUCGCUGUCGCUAUCUCUUGCUCUCAUAAGGCGAAACAUCGACCAGGGAAAGGGACGGAUAUAGAGAAGUCUGUUGACUGUUUGGAAGUCAUACCGCAGUUUGGACAGAAGACGUUGAAUUAUGCUGAUUAUAUGGAAGUGAAGCAGUAUUUUUAUAAUGCUUGUGAGUCUACCCACCAUCCUCUAGGCCAGCUAGUGCUGGGCGUCAGUGGCGCGUUUAAUACGACGUACGGCGGUGUGCGCGUGCAUCCGUUAUUACUGAGCCACGCGGUAGCGGAGCUGCGCAGUCUAACUGCGCGGCUCUACCGCCUUGUGCGCCUCCUGUUUCCUGCUCUACCGCCAGAAGGCGUGGAAACAGUGCUGCCGUAUCCUGACUCCGAGGAAACUGAUCCCAUUGAAGGCGAGGUGGCGAGCGGCGCGCGGCUGGCGCAGGGCGUGCUACUCCCGCGCGUGCACCCCGCGCUCUUCGUGCUAUACGCACUGCACAACAAGCGUGAAGACGAUCUGUAUUGGAGACGUCUGCUUAAAUGGAACAGGCAGCCAGAUCUCGCGCUCAUGGCCUUCCUCGGCAUCGAUCGGAAGUUCUGGGUAGGUUACCCUAACGGUCAGGGGCAAACUUCACCGGCGCAGGCUCAGUUGGAGCUGUUCCAAGAUGCGGUGGAGACGCUGCAGCAGCUCAAAACCACCUUCUCUCCCGUCGAGAAACUGCUCGUUAUCCGCACUACCUUCCAGAAGAUGACCACCGCCGUUCAACAGCAGCUAGGCUGCAGCUACCUGUGGGGCAUGGACGAGCUGUUCCCGGUGUUCCAGUGGGUGGUGGUGCGCGCGCGCGUGCUGCAGCUGGGCUCGGAGCUGCACUUCCUGGAGGACUUCCUGGAGCCCGGCGCGCAGUGCGGCGAGCUCGGCCUCAUGUUCACCACGCUCAAGGCUUGUUACUUCCAAAUACUUCAAGAGAAGAUGUCCAUCAAUUAACAGCGAGCAAUUUUAUUCAUGAUCUCAAUACGUAAGUCGUUUUUGUUUUAAUUUCCGUUUCACAGUUUAAAAAUGUAGAUUUCUAUUAUUUUUAUAUGGCAACAUAUAUCAUUAUUUUUUUAAGAUGUUUUUAAUUUAUUAGAAUAUGAUGCAGUCCGUUUGUUAUAAGGAUUUUAUAGGUUAAUAAUUUAAAAAAAGUGUUUCAAAACAUUCCCUUAUAGAUUUUAGGAGUAGUUACUCGUUAGUUAGGAGUUAAUUGUGUGGAAGUUUAUGUAUUUAGGCUUCAAAAUAUGUUUUUAAAUUGGAUUGCUUAUUAAAAUCGAGUUACAGUAUUUUAUGUAAAAUGUGAUUGUAUUUAAUAAAACGCUUUAUGUUAAUGUGCCAAAAUUAUCGAAAUGUUUUAUUUUGUCAAUUUUUUUAAAAAUUUUUUUAACCAAAAAAAUAAUUAUUAUUUUAAUACGAGACGAAUUGUGUUUUGAGUCCCACCGGUAUAUGCAAAUACUCAAGUUUAAUUUGAAACUUUGUUUUUUUUUUGAUCAAAUGUGCUUUUUAUGUACUAAUAUAAAUCUAUAUUAUGUUUA